AUGUAGCCCUACCGUGAUUGAACCCCGCUUCCGCCCUACCGCCCUCAGUCACUCCAACGCCCACGCACUUCUAAAACCCUACCAUUCCACUUUCGGUUCUCUUCCCAAUUCUUUCUGAUUUCUUUCGUGUGAUUCCUCCAUACUUAGUGGAAGGGAAGCCUGUUGAUUUGAACAAAGGAACUUACGCCGGUACCAGAAACCAAACAAGAGAUGGGUGAAUGAAUACGCCGUUUACUUGAGCAAUGAAAGGCAUGCAAUUGUCAUUGAACAAAACCCAGAAGCUGAGACUAGAAAAAGCAUUAGAGCAGUUGGAAUCUCUUUCUUCAAAAUCCAACUCUGAUGCCUCUGUUACCGUCGCUGACAACAUUUCUGUCGACUGUGAAGACGCCAUUCUUAAGGGACAUGGGACAGCGGAGUUAGAUGGGCGUGUGGUGGCGACAUUGUGUGGAGUGGUGGAGCGCGUCAACAAGCUCGUCUAUGUACGAGCCCUGAGGGCCAGGUACAAGCCCGAGAUUGGUGAUAUCAUAGUGGGCCGAGUUAUUGAGGUUGCUCCAAAGCGCUGGAGAUUGGAGAUCAACUACAGCCAGGAUGCAGUUUUGAUGCUUUCUUCCAUGAACUUACCGGAUGGUAUUCAGAGGCGACGAACUGGAGUUGAUGAGCUUAAUAUGCGCAGUAUAUUUGAAGAAAACGAUGUCAUUUGUGCUGAAGUACGUGGUUUCCAGCAUGAUGGUUGUCUACACCUGCAAGCAAGAAGCCAGAAGUAUGGAAAGCUUGAAAGAGGUCAAUUACUUACAAUUCCCCCCUAUCUGGUGAAGAAGCGCAAGCAGCAUUUCCACCAUUUGGAACAAUAUGGAAUUGACUUGAUUCUUGGUUGCAAUGGUUAUAUUUGGGUUGGUGAACACAUUGAAGUGAAAGAUCCCAUGUUGAUAGAGGAUCAAUCAAACAAAUCUGAUCAACAAAAUGCUGAUUCAGAAAAUCCAAUGAGCACUGAUGAAGUGGAGACUCGUACUCAACUUGAAACUAGGCAAAACAUAUGCAGGACUGCAAAUGCCAUCCGAGUACUCUCUACUUUAGGCUUCAUGAUUACUGUGGAAGUAAUAAUGGCAAUCAUAAAUCUGAGCACGUCUUUGAAUCUGGAUAUACACGAGAUGCUGGGGCCAGAGUUUUAUGUACUAGUUGCUGAGAAAGAAGUUGAACGUCGAAGCUCAUUGGGAAAAAGGAGAUGAUCAUUCUGUGAUUUUAUUUACUUUACAAGGUUUUAUACACUCUUACAAUGUACUUCUCUCCAUCUGCUGCGUAAAAAUGCAUCAAUAGGAAGUCUUCUGCCUGUUUGGUUAUUACACGUUGUGACAUAGAAUGAGAGUUGGUGUGGUUGGUAAUUCCAUGUGGCAAAAAAUAUCACUUGAAGAUUCAUCGUGUGUACUUUAUUUGGCAAAUAUAUUUCAAAUUGGUUACAUAAA